AUGGCCUCCAACGAUCCCUCCCACCAUGGACCCCUCCUCUCCGAUCGACCCAAACCCGGCCCAUCAGGACAAGACUCCAAACCUCUGUUCGGCAGCGACGCCUUCGCAACCCAACUCUCCCGUCUCAACCUCUCCUACAUAGCCCUGGUGCCCGGCUCGUCCUACCGCGGCCUCCACGACUCCCUCGUCAACCACAACGGCAACACCGCCCCGGAAAUGCUCAUCACCCUGCACGAGGAACACUGCAUCUCCAUCGCCCACGGCUACGCCAAAGUCGCCCGCAGACCCAUGGCGGCCGCGCUCCACGCCAACGUCGGCCUCAUGCACGCCUCCAUGGCCAUCUACAACGCCUGGUGUGACCGCGUCCCCAUCCUGAUCCUCGGCGCCACGGGCCCCUUGGAUGCCGAACGCAGACGGCCCUGGAUCGAUUGGAUCCACACCGCCCAGGACCAGGCCGCCCUCAUCCGCAACCACGUCAAGUUCGACGACCAACCGCACGGCGUCGAAGCGGGCAUGAAAUCCCUCAUCCACGCCUACGUCGCGAGUACGUCGAAACCCUGCGCGCCGUCCUAUGUCUGUUUCGACCUCGCGCUGCAAGAAGACCCCAUCCUCGAGCCGGAACGAUUGCAAUACCCAGAGACCUCGCGCCUCGUCGCGGCCGCGAUCGAACGCCCCGGCCCGUCGAUCGAAGACGUCCUGCGCAUCGUGGCAGCCCUCAGCGAGGCGAAGAACCCCCUCUUCCUGCUGGGCAGAAUGGGCACGGGGUCCCAACGGGAAUGGGACGAACGCAUCGCGCUCGUGGAGAAGUUCGACGGCCGGGUGCUGACGGACAUCAAACAGCCCGCGCCCUUUCCCUAUCCGCACGCCCUGCAGCCGACGGCGAGUUCCAUCUUCCUGUCCCCUGCCUCCCAGGCCCUGCUGCGCCAGGCCGACGUGAUCCUCUCCUUCGACUGGGUGGAUCUCGCAGGCGAUCUGCACGCCGCCGGCAUGGCAGCCCCCGCCGCGGAGCAGACGACCAUCAUCCACAUCAGUCUGGAUUCCAUCCUCCAGAAUGGCUGGUCGAAAGACCAUUUCGCCCUGCCGCCCGCGGACAUGCGCGUUCUCGCAGACGUGGAUAAGACCCUCGCCUCCAUCCUCACUGCUUCGGAAUCCAUCCCGGCGAAAACUUCCGCCUGGGAAACGCAGCCCCCGCCGUCACCACCACCACCACCAUCCCAUCCCCACCCCAAUCCCGACCCAGAAGCAAACAUCACCCUCCCCGACCUCGCCCGCGCCCUCUACACCACCCUCCCCCCGUCAUCAACCAGCCUCGUACGCAUCCCCCUCGCCUUCCCCGGCUCCCUCCUACAAAUAACCCACCCCCUCGCCUUCCUGGGCCUCGACGGCGGCGCCGGCCUCGGCAGCGGCCCGGGCCAAAUCAUAGGCACAGCCCUCGCCCUCCACGAAGCGGGAAACCCCCAAAACCUCACUACGGUAGGCAUCCUCGGCGACGGGGAUUACCUCAUGGCCUCUUCCGCCUUGUGGACCGCCGCGCGCUACAACCUGCCCUGCUUGGUGAUUGUGGCGAAUAACGGCAGUUAUUAUAAUGAUGAAGUGCACCAGGAACGCGUUGCCAAGAGGAGGCAGCGGCCCGUGGAGAAUCGCUAUAUCGGGAUGAGGCUGGAUUCCCCCCCGCCGGAUUUGCAGCGGAUUGCAGAGGGGCAUGGGUGUGCGGUGGUGAGGAAGGAGCAGGUGACGAGGUUGGGGGAGUUGGAGGGGGCGAUGCGGGAUGCGGUGGAGCAGGUCCGGAGGGGCAAGUGUGUGGUGUUGGAUGUGAGGGUUUUGCCCGAGGGGUAUGCGGAGGGGAUGAGUGAGAAGGAGUAA